GUCGCGGCGGCGGCGGCGGCGGCGGCGCGCGCAGGGCCUGACGGGAGCCACGUCUGUCCCGGUCGGGGACUGAGCCGCUAUUGGCGUCCGGGCCGCGAUCCGGGGGCUGCUGGGAAGAUGGCGGACUCGGUGGCCCGCCGAUGAGGAAGCCGCGGAGGGAGCCCGGCUCCCGGGCCCCGAGACCGACUGAGGGAGCGACCUGCGCGGGGCCUGGGGAGUCAUGGUCUCCAACACCAAACUCCAUGCUUCGAGUGCUGCUCUCUGCCCAGGCCUCUGCUGCUCGGCUCUCUGGCCUGCUGCUGCUCCCGCCAGUACAGCCCUGUUGUCUGGGGCCCGGCAAGUGGGGGGACUGGCCUCCUGGAGGAGGCCUCCAUGCAGGCCCCGUGCAGGGGCUACAGCGGCUUCUGGAACAGGCGAGGAGCCCGGGGGAGCUGCUGCGCUGGCUGGGCCAGAACCCCACCAAGGUGCGCGCCCAUCACUACCCCGUGGCGCUUCGUCGUCUGGGCCAGCUCUUGGGGUCUCAGCCACGGCCCCCUCCUGUGGAGCAGGCCACACUACAGGACUUGAGUCAGCUCAUCAUCCGAAACUGCCCCUCCUUUGAUAUUCACACCAUCCACGUGUGUCUGCACCUUGCAGUCUUACUUGGCUUCCCAUCAGAUGGGCCCUUGAUGUGUGCCCUGGAGCAGGAGAGAAGGUUCCGCCUCCCUCCGAAGCCACCUCCCUCUCUGCAACCUGUCCUUCGCGGUGGGCAAAGAUUGGAAGCUGCUCUGAGCUGCCCUCGUUUCCUGAGGCAUCCACGGCAGCAUCUCAUCCGCAGCCUGGCAGAGGCCAGGCCAGAGGAACUGACACCCCACGUGAUGGUGCUCCUGGCCCAGCACCUGGCCCGGCACCGGUUGCGGGAGCCCCAGCUUCUGGAAGCCAUUGCCCAUUUCCUGGUGGUCCAGGAAAUGCAGCUCAGCAGCAAGGUGGUACAGAAGUUGGUCCUGCCCUUUGGGCGGCUGAACUACUUGCCCCUGGAACAGCAGUUUAUGCCCUGCCUUGAGAGGAUCCUGGCUCGGGAAGCAGGGGUGGCUCCCCUGGCUACUGUCAACAUCUUGAUGUCACUGUGCCAGCUGCGGUGCCUGCCCUUCAGGGCCCUGCACUUUGUCUUUUCCCCAGGAUUCAUCAACCACAUCAGUGGCACCCCUCACGCCCUGAUUGUGCGGCGCUACCUCUCCCUGCUGGACGCAGCCGUGGAGCUGGAACUUCCAGGAUACCGGGGUCCCCGCCUUCCCCGAAGGCAGCAAGUGCCCAUCUUCCCCCAGCCACUCAUCACUGACCGUGCCCGCUGCAAGUACAGUCACAAGGAUAUAGUGGCGGAGGGGCUGCGCCAGCUGCUGGGGGAAGAGAAGUACCGGCAGGACCUGACCGUGCCUCCAGGCUACUGCACAGACUUCCUGUUGUGUGUCAGCAGCUCUGGUGCCGUGCUGCCCGUGAGGACCCAGGACCCCUUCCUACCAUACCCUCCCAGGUCCUGUCCCCAGGGCCAGGCUGCCUCUCAGCCCACGACCCACGACCCGGCCCAAAGGGUGGUGCUGAUGCUGCGGGAGCGCUGGCAUUUCUGCCGCGACGGCCGAGUGCUGUUGGGCUCGCGGGCCCUACGGGAGCGGCACCUGGGCCUGAUGGGCUACCAGCUCCUGCCGCUGCCCUUCGAGGAACUGGAGUCACAGAGAGGCCUGCCCCAGCUCAAGAGCUACCUGAGGCAGAAGCUCCAGGCCUUGGGCCUCCGCUGGGGGCCUGAAGGGGGAUUCGGGUGAGCACCACCAUGCGGAGCGGCACCGUGAGGAUGAGGAUGAAGGGGAAGGCCAGGGAGGCGGCUGUGGACAUGACCGCCCAGAGCAAGGCCAAGCAGAGCAGCUGC